UGUCGAAUAUUAUUUGGUUGAAAUUUCACUUUCUCUUCCUGCACUGAGUAAUGUUAGAAUUUAGAAUUAAGAACAGGUGUGCUUAUCCAUUCGACAUGUGUUUUUGACACUGUUAGCAAUAUUUCCCGUGUCUUAGAUCCAUUGACUUCAUUUUUUUCGCCAUUAAUGUGAAGAACUAGAAGAAGCAAAGCUACAGUCACCAAUCAUUUGCAUGGAUAUCUCCACCUUAGAAGCUCGGUAUCUUGAUUCUUGCAGGAGGCAUGAGGUGCCACCCAAUUCUGCCGUACUGUCAUGCUUCUCUAAGGCCACAAUACAGAAGUUCUUCCAGAAGAAGUGUACCUUUGAGGUUUUGCUAAAUCAGCUCAAGAAUGAUGAUAUUCCUCCUCUGAUUGAUAUGUUCCUAGCAGUAGACUCUUCUGACAUUGAUGCAGUUGACAUAGUCAAUGAAUCGCAUUGCAAUUUGAAGGAAGAAUAUGUUCUUUCCUUGUUGCGAGCAAUUCAUCUAAAACUCCGGGUUGUUGAUCUUCAGGAAAUGUCAUUGGAAGAGGACUUUUUAUGGGAUCUAAGUCACCAUGGCUUAUCUUGUGAAAUUUUAAGCUUGAGGUCCACUCACAUCCAAAAGCUCAACAUGGUUGGAAGUUUUAUGCGAUUGCACACCUUAAAUCUGGAUUUUUGCACUUCAAUCGCUAGUUUGCAUAGGGACUGUUUUUCUUCCAUGCCCAAUCUGAUGCGUCUCUCAAUGUGUGAGACAAGAGUGAUUGAUCUCUGGACAACCACUGCUGCCUUAUUGAAACUUCCUUCUUUGCUAGAACUACGAUUCCAAAAUUGCUUGUGUUGCAAGGACACUGGGCCAUGUCCUGCAUCAUUUGGUAACAAAGCAAAUGUCCUGCAUCAGUUGGAUAGAGGUUCAUCCAUUGAACUGCUGCCUGUCAAUGCUGCUGACACAACUAUUUACACUCCUCAUGCAAUGUCAUGUUGUGACUUGCUUUCUCCCAAAAAUGCAUUUACAUGUAAUGAGGUUAAUGGAGGAACUGAUAACUUUUCAGUCACUACUGAAGAUAAAAUUUCAAGCUGCCUGCAAAGAAUAGAUUUGCUGGAACUAUCAUCCAGCAUGCUUCCUAAUUUGAAUGGAAAAGUCAAGUUGCAAAAUGAGAUUGAAGACAAAAAUGAGUUGUUUGCAAGUGGAUGCAUGUGGGAUUUGAAGAAAAACUGUACUAAGUUAAACAACAUUUACAGUUCACACCACCCAUCGCCUAUCUGCUUUGAGAAACAUUAUAGGGAGUAUAUAAUUGCUUCAUUGCCUCAUUUGGAGGUUUUAGAUAAUUUGCCCGUUGGAAAGCUGGACAAGAAAAUGGCGAAGAUCAUCUCUUCAAAAUUCUAUGAGUACUUAGCCUAUAACCGACAAUACAAAGAAAGCAUUGUCAGUAUCCUGCAGAAACGUGAAAUGAGAGCAAGUGGUGCCUGCCCAAAUUUCCAGAAGACAAAGAAGCAAUAUCCUCAUGGAAAGAGUCAAAUUUUCUUUCCACGAUCUCUUAGUGCUGCCAAGCUGGGUUCUGUUGCAUGGCCCCUCUUGCACCCUUUGUCUAGCUUGAGCCAUCUGCAUAAAGAAGGAAGUAAGCGUCUUCGCCCUAGACAAUUCGAAUAUCAUCCAUCUGAUCCUAGUCUUAUGGUUUUUGGAACUCUAGAUGGUGAAGUAGUUGUCACUAAUCAUGAAAAUGGGAAGACUGUUGGUUAUGUUCCUUCCAGUGGAGCAAUGAACAGUAUUCUGGGUCUUUGUUGGCUCAAAAUGUAUCCAUCAAAGUUGCUAGCUGGUUCUGAUAAUGGUUCCUUGAAGCUGUUUGACAUCAAUCAUAUGCCACCAAAAGUUGCAGAUAUAAAUUGCAUGACAGGAGUGGUCAGUUUUGAUGAUUUUGAGCCAUUGACUUCUGUUCAUGUCAAUUCCACAGACGAUCAGUUUCUUGCCAGUGGGUACUCAAAGGAUGUUGCCCUAUAUGACAUUAGUAGUAGAAGACGCAUACAGUUGUUUACUAAUAUGCAUCGAGAACCCAUUAAUGUUGCUAAAUUUGCACACUGUUCUCCCUUCCUAUUUGCUACUUCGUCAUUUGACCAUGAUGUCAAGCUUUGGGAUUUGAGACAAAAACCAGAGAGGCCUUGUUAUACAGCCUCAAGUUCAAGAGGGAAUGUGAUGGUUUGCUUUUCUCCUGAUGACAAAUAUCUGCUUGUUUCAGCUGUUGACAAUGAGGUCAAACAACUUCUGGCAGUAGAUGGUAGGGUUCACAUGAACUUUGAGAUAGCUGCAACUGGAAGUUCUCAUAAUUAUACUCGCUCCUAUUACAUGAAUGGGAGGGAUUACAUCAUAAGUGGUAGCUGUGAUGAAAAUGUUGUCCGCGUCUGCUGUGCUCAAACUGGAAGGCGACUCAAGGAUGUUUAUUUGGAGGAUAGUGACUCGGGGAAUUCUCUGUUUGUGCAGUCCUUAAGAAGCGAUCCUUAUAGGCUAUUUCACAUGAGUGUCCUAGCUGCCUCCAGGCGACCAAGCGCCAAAUGUGACAUCGUGAAGGUCAAUUUACUCACUUCCAGUCGCUCUGCCAAAGAACAUUCUUAUGGUCAACAUAUCCGUGCUUCCUCUAGUUUGGGAGGUUGACAUUGUUAUUGGGAAGAAUUUAUAGUACAUGUCAAAGCCUGAGUUCUUUCUGUUCGCAAAGACGUGCUUCCUUAUUGUUUUAUCACGGCCACAACUCUCAGCAGUUUAAACGUAUAUAGGUUUGCAUCUUCAGUAUCACUAAUCCGAUGUAUUUAAAUUGUUCCAUGCUUGAAUAUAAAAAAUUCUGCUGUAAGAAUUCACAUUGUUAUUAAUGAAACUUCUUGUGCAUUUAGCCUUU